GCGCUGGAACGAUGCGUCGCUGAUAGCGGAGGGUGAUACCAUGAUGAGAAUGCGCAUAGGAGACUGAGAUAGCUUAGUUCAAUGGCACCACUGUUCUUUAAAUUCUUUGGCGCCUCUCGACUUGAGUUGGUUUCUGUUCUUGCUUUCAUUGCACUUGCAACACUGAGGUGUUAUGAGGAGCAAGAACAGAAGAGUGACGCGGAAGUUUCAAAAUCAUUCAAUGCUAAACCAUCCCUUUUCCGUGCAAGCGCCGGCAUCCCUGCAUCCGGUAGUCACGUGCAAGCCACCUUUUUCCCCCACAUGGGCAGUUAAAUUCUG